AUGCAGUGGACACUACUGCUCUCAGCUUUGUCAGCCAUCAGUACUAUCAAUGCUAGGCCAGGACACCAGCACCAUGCUCGCGAAGCUCUUCCCGAGGAUGAGAUUGUUUACAUGACACACUUUGUUACACAGUACAUCACGGAGACUGCCGCAGGAGGUCUGCUUCCUGGCACAUACCUGAGCAUGGCCAACCAGCCUAAAGCUACACCACUAGCUGGUCUUUUGACUGCUGUCAACAACAUUGCACAAGCUAUUGUCCCUACGACGCCAGCGAAGCCAAUCACUACACCGGCAAAGACGCCCAGCACUCUUCGGACCGCGACAUCAGCCCCGGCUGCUUCAGCUGCACCUGUCUCUUCAGGCGGCAAGAAGGGUAUUGCCUGGCCGAGCGAAAACAAACAAAACAUGGCCUCCCUCUUUGGCAAAGCAGAUGGCAUCCAUUGGUACUUCAAUUGGAACUCCAGAUCAAGUCCUGGCAUGACGGCCGAGUUCCUACCACAACAAUGGUCCCUCGAUAACAUGGCAAACGUCAAUAACAUUGCCAAGGGUUCGACCUUGUUGGGUUUCAAUGAACCAGAUGCAGCAAGUCAGGCGACCAUGUCGGCUGCACAGGCUGCAGCUGCGUACCAGAAUACCCUCGUACCUCUACGAAAGUCUGGUGCUAUUGGCUUGUUGACUACGCCUGCUAUUACGAACGGUGGUAGCGGUCUUCCUUGGCUGCAAGAGUUCAUGACACUUGCAAGCAAUGGUGGCUUUGCGGAUAGCAUUGAUGUUAUUCAGAUUCAUUGGUAUGGACCCAACAUGGAUCUCCUCAAGACUCAGCUUCAAGCAGUCCAUGCCGCCUUCCCAACCAGGAAAGUAUGGCUCACUGAGUUUGCCGCAACAAAUUGGAAUGCAGCUGGUAACCCGUCUGCUGCAGAUGUCAAGACAUUCAUGGGCCAAGCUGUGCCGUAUCUCGAAUCACUCGACUGGCUUGAGAAGUAUGCUUGGUUUGGUGCGUUGCAAAUCACAGAUAACAGCCUCGGCCGGCAAAACAUGCUCGUCACCUCGGACGGCAAUAGUUUGUCUGACCUUGGCAAGUACUAUCUUUCUCUUUGA